CCUUCCUCAGUUAAACAGCUGAAACAAGGUCACGUGAUUUGUUACUUAACAGCUGCAGUGAAUCAGCUGGUUCGAGCCGGGAACGUGAAACUUAAAKCGCUCGGCUUCUUCGAGACGUCAYCGCUUGUGUUUGUUUAGUUUUCGCUGCUGCUUCGUCACUUCUUCUGUUUUCUUACAUGCCAGCACAGACUAACUUGUUAUUCCUAGUAUGUAUUCCUGGCUAAUGCUUUUYGGUGAACGGAAAAUAAAACAUUUAAACUAGUUUUGUCUCUCACGCGGUCAGUAKGCCUWAAGAUUACGGUCGCUCGUGAAACACACGCUGUUGUGUUACGACCUGUGUUGUGAGGCRGGGCUCUUUUCCGGAGAAAUGAAACAAGGCUUCUAGUUUCACUUUCAUUUCUCCCCGAGCUGUCUGGCUGUGAAACACAGACGGCGCACUCGAUAAGGGGAGGGAGGGAAGGUGCGGGGGUAUAUAAACACGAAGAGGAAGCUUGGUGGUCAUUGUUGGAGCUUGGUGAAGAAGUUCAAGAGAGGCACUGCACAUGUAGUUUGUGGUAAAGGAAAAGCAAGAUGGAGGAUGUUUUGAAAAACGUCGUUGCUUUGGCGUACCUACACAAGAAUGGGAUACCACUGACUAGAUUGUCCAAUCUCUACAGCCAGAAAUACCGCACUAACCUAGUUGUACGCGACUUAAACUUUACCUCCAUUUUGAGCAUGGUUUCCACUCUAGAAGACCUGGUGGUGGAGGGCGAUGUGAUGUUUCACAAGGAACAUCGCCGUCAAAACAAAGAUGCUGCUGAAGCUAAAGCACAAAGGAAAAUGACUACAGAUGUUCUGCAAAAUGUAGUUGACUUGAUAAAAGAAAAUCCUAAAGGGAUUCGCCUGAAGACCUUGGCAACAGUAUACAAGCAGGUAUACCAACACGACUUGAUCGUAUCGUCUAUGGGUUUCAAAACGGCGUCAGAUCUUGUUGGGUCUCUGAAAGACGAUCUAGUUGUCAACGGGAAAAAGGUUUUUCAUAAGAUUUACGUCUCGGAAAGUCAACCCGUAGCGAGAGCAUCAACAAGAAUAAAAGAAGACAGCCGACCUACAACACCGCGGACACCAGAUUCUCUCAAGGAGAGGAGCAGCAGWAACCCAACAACUCAAGUACCUGCGUUCCAGUGUGAUUACAGCUCKCCCAGUGCGUCUGUCCCUCAGUCAGCGAUGAAYUUUCUUGGCUCACCUUUGGUGACCUCUACCUCAUCGUCAUCAACCCAUUACAUCUCAGGCAACCCACCUGUUGCUGCAUCCCAGCCAGUUACGCAGCUGACCCAAGACCAGCUGUACCAGAGAGUGUUGCAGGUAACAAAGACUCAUCGAUUGACAGCGCCAACAAUGGAGCAGCUGCAAACCUACUAUUCUCAGAUGUUCAGCGAAACGUUUCCACUCAGGCAGUACAUGUCCCUGUACGACAACUUGGAAGCAAAGAAGCAGCCGAGUCAAACCGAGUCAGCAGCAAAUCCCCAGACAAACGCAUGGCAGAGAACCGAAGCAACACAAAACCACACGAAGGCUGCCGAAGUAGAGAUGCCACCUGCAGAGGGAGCCGCCCUGCUGACCGCUAGUGAUUUCCCGGUGCUGGGGGCGAGUGUGGCGGUGGCCAAAGAGAAGAAAGGCAAAGCAAAAGAAGCCAACCAGAAAGAGGCCAGUGCGCCAGUGUUCAGAGAAAGGCUUUAUGCCCAGSAGAGGGAGAUCCACGGCGGCAACAUGCGGGCCUUGGAGGCCAUGGAGGACAAUGAUGAGGAUGCAAAGUUGAGAAGGAGGAAGAGGGCCAUGGAUCCGGAAACAAUCAACAGUGUGACAGAGAGCGUUGURCGAGAAAUCGCCUCCGAGGGGGAGCUGGUCACUAAAGAAAAGGUGAUAUCCCGGGUUUGCAUAAUGUUUCCUUCCUUGGACCCAGGAAUGCUGAAACCUUGGACUAUUCCAGCUCUCAAAAACCUUCAGUACCUCAUCAGAGAGGUUAACAUGUUCAUAGAGGCUACAGAGGCGGUGACGUCCAUCUGCACCCUGUACGAGCUCGGCCAGUCGCUGGCYGGUCUGAAGGCCAAGAAGCGCUUCGAAGAGCUCAACCUGGGGCCGCUGUGCAAGCUCCCCCUCGUUCAUCGCAUGUUCAAGAUCGACGGCAACACAAAAGACGAYGACAUCCCUGAAAUUGAGACCGUAGACAUCUUAAAGCAUAUUAAUGUUUUCAGGAGGAAGCAUUCAAAGCAAAGGUUGGACCUGGCAGAGUUUAUGAAGCAUCUGUCUGAUCAUUACAACUGUGAUUCUCCCUACGAGCURGGGAUCAGGAUUCCCAGCUUCGGUCUACCGAUUUCAAGCCUGAUCAAGGCRAGCCGAUGUGAGCAAGUCCGCAUGGAACAGGCCAGGGAAAUCAUCCAGAAAGAGCUGGAGGAGGAGACCAUGGAGCGACUGAGGAAAGUCAAGAAGAGCAUCCUAGAACCGCUGCAAGGCGCCGCUUCCUUCUCCUGUACAGGAAACGCUGACCUCAGGAAGAAGUACGCCUCCAUGCCAGCAGGCGACGUCGUGCUGGAGGUCCUGUCGAACGCCCAGGGAGUGUUCARCCCCAGGAUGGCGAAGCACAUCCAGAGCUUCUUGAUGCAGGUGUCAGUCGAUCGGCUGACGAGAGCUCUGUUCCAGCUGGCCAUCUGUGGCGGUUCCCUGGCAGUUCCACAGGACCUGGUGCCCAAAGAAAAGACCACCAAAGCUACAGAGGAAGCUAAAGCGGUGGACAAAACUGCUCCGACCCUCCCCAGUGAAGGCAAACUAAAACAGUAUGUAAAAGACAACCUGGCUGCUCAAACCUCAGCCAUCACUCUGGCAAACAUCGCCGCUCUGGAGAAGAAGCUGGCCAAACACUUUCACAUCAAAGACUUCUUCUCCUUGGAACAAGGAACCUUCCUGGAAUUCCUGGUGAAACACAUUCAGCUACUGCAGGAAUCUCUAGGAUCUGCUUUGUUUCUGGAUACUAAUGCUCAACUCACAGGCAGUGGUUUCAGACCCACCAAACAAGACGUGUUUGAAUUCAUUAAACAGUGCGGCAACAUAUCCUCCACCGAUCCAGACGAACUGGCUCACAUUGAGACAGCACUGCGGUCUCACUACAAGGUCCGGGACAGUCGGGAYUUGGGCCAUGGGACCCUGCAAACGCUGGCCGGCUUGGUCAAGAAGCAAAGAGAGCAUUUUGGGACAGGACUGAGCUCUGUCUACUAUGAGUCAGCUCUGCUGGCCAAACACAGCAAAUCAAGUGUUGAAAGUGGCUAUGAGUCGGUGGGACGCCUGGGAGAGAUGUCAAAGGCCCAGGCCCUGGCCAGCUUGCUAUGCUGCCCUCUACUGGAGGAUCUGAACAUCUGGAGCCAAUGGGAGCUGAUCUUUAAACCCAGUUUUGGGUCCCUGAAAGAUUUCAUUGAAAUUAAUGCAGCGAAUACAGGCCUGGCGGCGCUGGAGGUAACYCCGGGUUUGCUGCUGAGGAUCACCACAGACACGGGCGACAAACACUUCACCAAUGCCGUGGCGGAGCUCGACCCCGUCGGCACAGCCGGCCACCUCGUGUCCAUGGUGACGGCCGAUGGGAUUGACAACGCUCCCACUGCCCUCCUGGCCAAUCACAUGGAGAACACUCUGGCCGCAGCUGUGGCUGAAGAAGAUCUGUCCAAAGCGGACGAGGAUGUGAUGUGUUACAGCAGAGUCGCCAACUUCCUGCUGCAGUGUUUGACACGGAUCCCCACGAGAACCUGCCAGGCGCUUCUGCAGCAGGUGUUCCUGGAGCCCUUCUCCCGCGUGUUGGGUCAAGCCAAAUCUAAAGAAGUCCUGAUCACGGUGGCGCAAUCUGACCCCAAACAUAUGAGCUGUCUGCACCAGCUGGGCAUCCUCCUGGGAAUCACAGACUGGGUCAAAGACUACCAGAAGAAGCUAACCUCAAUCCAGAGCCAAAACAGUAACGGUUACGUAGCGAAUGGGGAUCACGGCAAGCCCAAUCUGACUGAUUCUGACAGCAGCAGUCUGUCCGCUCUAAACACGAGUGAAGACGAGUUCCUCGAAGACGACAUCACAGACAGCAGCUCAGUGUCUUCUCACCUCAACCAGACCAUUCAGCAAGUUAAUGGCGACCAACCAAAGGAGUCUGAAGAAGACGAUGAGGAGGAGCUGUAUGAGCUGGCCUCCAUUCCUAACGGAGAGACAUCAAACAUCAGCAGUGAGGCUGAAUGCGAUCAAGCAGAUCUGAUCGACAAGUCCGACUCAGAUGAAAAGGAGGCUGAUGGUUGUCAGUCGGAGGAUGCAUUCURUCAUCAGAAAAACAUAAUUGAAGACAUCAGGAAGAGUGAGUUUGGCAUUGGCGUGGAACUGAAUGCGGAAGGCCAGAAGUUGAUGCAGGUCCACCAGGAGCGACUGGGCCGCAGCUUGGACCGGCUGUCCACUGAACUCUACAGCAAAGACACACACUUCGUCCUAGAACUCAUUCAGAAUGCCGAUGACAACAGUUACCCCUCCGGGGGCGGCGCCCUCCCAGCGCUCGCCUUUGUGGUCGAGAGAGAUUGCGUCACCAUCCUCAACAACGAGACGGGCUUCCAGGAGAGGAACGUCAGGGCCAUCUGUGACGUAGGCCGCAGCACCAAGGGCAAACACAAAUACGGAUACAUUGGGCAAAAAGGGAUCGGCUUCAAAUCUGUGUUUAAGGUCACAGAUUGUCCUGAGAUCCACUCYAACGGCUUCCACCUGCGCUUCGACAGGAACUGCGGCCCCAUGGGAUACAUCCUCCCCCACUGGAUCGAGGAUGAGAGGCCUCUGGAUGCACAGCUCAAGGACAUCCAUCGGCACAGCUGGACCACAAAAAUCUGCCUCCCYUUGCGUUCUGAAAGUCACCAAACGAGGAACCUGUUCCAUGACGUCCAUCCCUCACUGCUGCUCUUUCUGCAUCGCCUGCGCUCCAUCACCAUCUAUAACCAGAGCGAGAAGCGCCUUGUGACCAUGACUCGCAAAGACCUGAGUCACAAUGUGUUGGAGGUGGAGCACACAGAGGGCACAGAGCGCUGGCUGGUGGUGAAAACCACACUGCAGCCCAACAAGAUAAAAGAAGACGUAGAGUCGACCGAACUUGCUCUGGCUUUCCAGCUGGGCGGCAGUGAGACGGAGAGUGACAUCGUUUGCCAGCCACAAAAGCAGCCCGUGUUUGCCUACCUGCCUCUUCGCAGUUUCGGCUUUCGUUUCAUCAUCCAAGGCGAUUUCGACAUCCCUUCUUCUCGGGAGGAUGUUGACAGGGACAGCUCCUGGAACCAGUGGCUUCGAUCAGAAAUACCACAGCUCUUCCUCAAGGCCAUGGAUGUCUUCACUACUCACCCAGAGUACCAAGGRCUGAAAGGCCUCUGCCAGUUCCUGCACUUCAUCCCGCUGCCUGAUGAGGUGCUGGACUUCUUCAAGCCUGUUGCCGGGCAGAUUAUUCAGCUGCUAAAGGGCAAGGCCUUCCUGCCAACUCUUAGCUCAGGUGGUAAGGUCGUGUACAAGCAGCCGUCGCAGGUCGCUGUCUGUCAGGACGUCGUGAUCCGGGACGUGAUCAGCGGCGACGAGCUGGAAAAGCACCUGUCUCUGUCCUAUCUCCAUCCGGGCCUGAGCCCGACCCGAUCGUUGAAAGGACCGUUGUCUGCGUUGUACAAAGAUCUGAGUGUGGUCCAGCCCUCUCUGUUGAACUGUUUGGGGCCUCUGGAAAGUCAGCAGAUCCGAGAGCUGCUCAAAARGCUCGGGGUCCACGAACUGGAGCCGCAGGAGCUGCUGGAGCAGCACAUCUAUCCCACCAUAAACAGCAGCAAAUGGAAGUCAAAGCCUGAGUCGGUGGUUGUGAGUUACUUGGUUUUCAUCAAGCAGCAUUCCUCCUCUAGCCAGGAAUACUCGGACAUUGCAGUACCUGUACUGACCUGCAGGGGUCUGCUGUGCCCCACUGCUGAAAGGGUGCAUUUCUCUGARGAAUACGGCAACAUCGACCUGCCAAAAACGCUUCCUGGCUGCGACUGGAUCCUGCUGAGUCCCUGUUAUGUGCAGACAGACGGCGAUGUGGCUGGAUGGAGGGAGCUGUUCGGCAGGCUGGGGGUCAGGGACGGCCUCAUCCUCCGCAAACAACGCCGAACUCUGACCCCUCAGGAACUGGCCUCCAGUCACUGGUCAGCUGAAAGUGCAAGGUGGCACCAAAGUCCAGGAAGUGACUGCGUGCUCGACGACUACCCCUGUGAGGAGUUCCACGCCCUGGCCACAGCUCAGCUUCCGGGCUCCCUCCUGCUGCAGCAGAGAACGGCUCUGUUAGAGCUGCUGCAGACCAACUGGGACUCCGGACACCGUUACUCUCAGUACCUCACGGCUCAGGUUGUCGACAGCAACGGCGGACCAGUCAAACACACAAGGUCUUCCUUUUACCAUCAGCUCUGCAGCCUUGAGUGGGUGCCAGCUUAUCGCCCUCUAGAGGAAGAAAAACAAGAGAGAAAGUACCUCUGUCCCAGCUCAGUCUAUCUGAUGUCGGAGGAGGUCCACAGCCUGCUGGGAACUCACGUCUUUUAUGUGGACAUAUGCUCCAGCGAAUUCAGCAGAGCCCUAGCAAUGAGAGAGACYAUCACGGUGGAGGUUCUGAUCCAGUACCUGAAGGAAUGGUGCAUCAAGCCAGAAGAAGGCGACCCAGAGGAGAGGUCCGCUGCAGACGAGACCGAGGGAGCACAUUUCACUACAGCUGUUACGCACAUCCACAACGUCUACCGCUACCUGAAGGACAAGUGUUCCUUGAGCAGCCUGAAGGAGCUGUUCCAGCACACCCCCGCUGUGUUUGUAGAGAAUAAGAGGCACAGUGAUAACUGGUGUUCAGGACGCUUCUAUCACCUGAAGGAGGUGUGUUGGAGCGAUAACACUUCCUUGUUCCAGCGGUACAGACAACUCACUCAGAGGGAGGACAGUCCCGUCCUGCAGCCCAAAGUCCUGGUUCCUUUCUACAGCCAGCUGGAGGACAUGAGGGACUUCUUCCUGAACUGCCUGAACGUUGACGACAGUCCCAACAUGAAGCAGUACGUGGGUUUGCUGGAGCUGAUCUGCUCCUCGGUUCCCGUGCCGACCGCUGAAGUGCUGCAGGAUGUGUCCAUACUGUUCGCCAAACUCGCUCAUAAGUGUAAGCGUAAAGUGUUUGGAGACCAGGAAAACACUUUUCGCACUAAAUUUGAUCCGAGUUACAGCUCCCAGUUGAAAGUCAUGGUCUCCGACAAGAAGGUCUUCCCCACUAAGGACAGCUGGGUGAGUCUGAGUCGUCAACCGAUGAUCGGCGACGACAAAGAGCUGGAGAAGAUCUUCAAACAUCACAAGGCAGUAUUUCUGCUCCACCUGCCGCCACCAGAGAAGAAGACUGUUCCCAGGAGUAAAACCGGUCAACCGGUCACAGGGGAUCGGGCUACUAAACCAGCCUUCAACGAGAAGGACAGACRCUCAUUCCUGGAGAUCUGUGGUAUCCGUCAUCUUUCCCAGUGUGUCAAAUGGGAGCCGCAGACUGAGAACUGGAGGCCCUGUGCCUCCAUGCAGUCCCUGGUGCGCUUUGUCGUCCCCUACAUCCAGAGGUUCCUCUACCACCAUGAAGAGCUGGCCGACGUCUACGCAGACCUGACUGAGGGGAACAUAGCAGAGAAACUCAAGCGCCUCUCCUUUGGACAGGUGGGGAAGCUGUACAUCCRCUACCAGCUGGACGUCCCCGGCAACGAGAACGCAGUGAUAGAGCUGCAGGAUGAGAUCUGCCUGCUGAAGGACGAGAAGGAGCUCUACAUCCAGAAGGACCACAUCAACGAGAAGCUGGAGAUCCUGAGGUUUGUCGGCUCAACACCUGAACGUAGGAAGUUCUGGAGACGAGAGCAGACUGACRAGGCUGGAGAAAUACUGGAAAAUAUUAUUUACUGAACCUAUUUCAUACUGAAUUUAUAUCUGCUGUUCAAUCCA